AUGCCGGAUAACGACUCGGCUGAGGUGGGGAAUGAAGAAGCCGAAUGCUUUGAUAAGACUUUGACAUUGACUAACGGCAUCGCGCUGGAAUUUGUGGCUUGGUUUGACAGUGGCCGGCGUCGUACGGAGAAUAAAUAUUAUGUUAAAGGAAGCUACAUCGACAGCCGCUCCCUCCAACCCAGCAAUACCUCCACGAAGCAACCAAUUUCGCAUGAUAAAGCCUGGCAGCUCAUAAGUCAUGACAAGGAGAGGUCUGAGCUCCUUGACAGGACUUCGCCGACUUGGCUCGGCACCGAUAUUGGGCACGAUUCCGCUGCAGACGAGUCGCCUGAUGAGCCAGAGAAGCCAAAGUAUCCCAAUGCGGUUGACAUUGAAGCGCCCGAUGAUCCAGAAAAUCCGGUGAACUAG